CGAGGCCAAUAAAACUGUGUGGAUUUCGUAGUCAUUUAAUGUGGUUCUUCAGCUUGAAAAGUGUGCGCUAUGCACAAAUCUCUCUCGUUGUUCUGGGCGAUCUGCUGUCUUUGGCCAGUAUAUAUCCCUCUCACUCGCUGCAUAUAUGGCAUCCUUUUCUAACUUGGAGACGCUAAGCGGGGGCAGCACUUGGAUAAUUGAAAGGUUGGUUGCCUCCACUAGUUCUUGUCAGUUAUCGAGUCUCUUUUUAACCUGGAGAGGCUAAACAAGAUGGAAAAUAACUUAAAACAAUUGGGAGCAGAAAGACUAAAUACAAAUUUCAAAAUCAUAUAUA